GGGAACAAUUUGAAAUUAUUACGCGAACAGAAGUCAGCAUUCAGGACAACUGAUAGGGACGUUUUACUUUGUCAAUCAGCUCAUUUAGCUAUGGAAAAGUUGAAACGGUCUAGGAAAGAAGGAAACUUGCAAGAGCAGAUAUCGUCAAGAAGACCACUACAAGACAUAUUGGAGGAAGACUUUAGAGUUACCAGCAAACCAAAAAAACCACGACGUGUUGUUUGCUUGAGGCUGCCGAAGGACAAGAAGGAAAUAAAGAAAGAACAGGAGGCAACUGUUUCUUGUUUGGAAUGCACAACUAACUCUGAAAAGACAACAAAUGAUGAUGCCAAAGAGAUUGUUGCAGACAGCAAAGACAUUGUUGCUUUUACGCACCUCACACAUUUUUCAAUGUCACCUGCAGAAAAUUUCCUGAAAGCGCAUGGUGACAAUGGCAACAGUGAACUUUCCGCCAUUGAUGAAUCUGAGGGUUUACUACAAACUAGGAGCGAUGUGACAGCAGGCAAUACAUUUAUCUGUGAUCUGUGUGGAAAAGAUCUCUCCAAGUUUAAUUGUGUGAGGAGACAACAGCACAUCAAUCGUUGCUGCGAUCAGAGUGAUCUGGGGCAGCAAAAAGAGAACAGAAAACGAGAACAAGUUAUUUGCCCUCUAUGUGGACACCUAUUCAGGCAAGAGAGGCAUAUAGCCAGCCAUCUUAAGGUAUGUGGUUCAAGACAUUCUGUUCCCCCAUCGGAAUUGGUGAAAAUCAUCAAUGAUGUGAAAGAGUGCUGGAAGAAAGAGGCAAUUUUGCCACAAGAAAGAGGAUGCAAGAAGGCAAGGCCAUGCACUGAGAAAAAUAAGACGCAAAAACUGCAACCAAAACGAGGAAUGGAUGACGAUCUACUUUUGGCCAUGGCAUUGUCUGUUUCACUGUCUGAAGGGAAUCAAGAUGGAAAACUAAAACCAAAGAAACAGACUCGAACAAGCCUUAGAAAUGUUGAGCAAAUACCAUCAUUGUUGCUACGCAGCAAGGAACAAGUAGAUGAUAUAAUAUCAGCAAAAGCAGGACAAAUACUCAUUCCAGAAUUUGAUGAAAGUCAGGAGAUAAAUCCAACACCAGCGUAUGCUGUCAGCACAAUUUCAAAACAGAUGGCCGUAGUGAAUUGCGUGCAAGAAAAUCAAGGUGGAACUGAACUAAGAGAAAGUACUGUUUCUUACUCGGAGACGAGUGACCAAUGUGGAGAAGAAUUACUUAGAGUGGAAUUGUCUGAUCUUUGUCCUAAUGCCAACACAUACGAACAGCCUAUUGCAGUUGGCUGCAACAACAAGUCUUGCAAAAACUUUUGGUCACUGACAUCAUGUCGACUUUCAGAAUCAACAGUGGAACAAUAUUAUGUAGAUGGACUGAUUGAGAUCCCUAAUCAUGUCAGAACACAGUUUGAGUGUUUAAGUUGUGGAAAUUAUGGAAAUUUGCCAGUCACGCAACACCAGACAAAGGACGAUGGUAAUGAUAAAGGUGCAGAGCCUGAACCACCAGGCUACAAACAGAGUCAAGGAUUUGUCAUAGAAUUAUCUCCCCCACAUGAACAGAAUGAUUGUAAAACUCAAGUCGUCAUGGAAAAGGAAACACAAACUUCAGACAAAUAUUCGUAUGAAGAAGUAUUGCAGCACUUUAGUUUACUGAUUAAUUCUUCCGUUCUCAGUGACGUCACGCUUAUUGCAAGAGACAAUUGCCACAUUUAUGCUCACCAAGUCUUUCUUGCUGCAAGAUCACCCGUGUUUGCUAAGAUCUUUGGUGAUCAUAAUGAUGGUGAUGCCAACUUCAGCAGCGGACAGAUUGAUAGACUAGCUGUACGAAGACGAGCCACUGUAUGUUUGGAUAAUUUUAGUAAAGAUGCCGUCAUGGCAAUGAUGCAUUACAUCUACACUGGCAGCUGUACAUGGCAACAAGACAAUUCUGAAGAAAUCUACUGGCUAGCUAACAGAUUCCAGUUGCCAGGGCUUCAAGAUAUGUAUGUCAUGAGGAAUUCAUUCUCAAUGUUAUCACCUCUGCAUAAUGCUUUUCGAACAACGACUACAUCACACCAGCUUAAUGACACUAACAGAGAGGUUCAGACAUCAGAACAGAUUGCCAAAGCUUCCUCAAUUAAAAAGGACAAGUUUCAUCACUCUUGUUCUUUGCAAUUUGUAGCAGACGUGACAAAUGAACAUCAUGAACCUGAAGAGCUACCUAAUGAACUACUUGAUGCCUCUCCAUCUCUACAAAUUUUAGAGCCUGGCGGUAGAGCCAAUGACAGAGAUGGUCAGUUACCAUCCUCACCAUCUCCUCAGUCUCUACCAUCAAACGAAAAUCAAUUGGAACAAGCUGUUUGUGAGUCACCUUUUGUGUCUCUGGAACUGCCUUUAGAUGACCAUUUUAUUUCUGCAUCUCCACUUCCUUGUCAUAAGCAUGGAGGACAGACUGACAGAGAUGUACACAGUAGCAUUGAAGGAUUAAGUGACGUUCCUGUUUGUGACAUGAGUGUUUCUGAUUGUCGAUUUCAUUUAUCAGACAUCAAAACUCCUUGCUACGUACCAGAAACACCAAUAGUGUCAAGGAACUCAGAGAAACAUUUCAACACUGGCGCAGAUAAAGAGUUAGAAGAAGCAACAAACUCCAAGCCUUGGGACAGUCUUCAAGACAACCAGGAUUGUCAUAAUGGCAGUUAUUCUGACUGUGAAGAAGUGUACUAUGACUGGAUUAGCAGUGACAGUGUGCCUGAGAAUGCUGGCCAAAACAGCCACAGGCAAUCUUCAGUUCUAUUUGAUGUACAACAUUGCAGUACUCCUGAUAGCUCUCACCCAAUCAAGCAAGUCAUUCCUCAUGGUGACCUUAACAAAGCAUCCUGCACCCAUAAUCCAUUUGGUGAAAGCCUAGAAGACUUCUUAGUAGUUUCUGCGGAUACUGAAAAUUUUGCAGCUCGUUUUAAUGACCAAAUCUCUAUGAAAACAAAACCGUUCAUAACUGCUUCAAGCGUUGUGGAUCUUUGUAACAAUGGAAUUGAAAUCAGUGAUGAAACGGCAGUGAGACAAAUACCACCACAGCACAUUGAUCCUAUCGAAGUGGACAUGUGUGAUGAUGAAGAUGAACUGUUUGCUCGUUGCUUACCUGAAGAAGACAUACUUGCCAAAGCUGGUCUUAUUGACUCUCAACAGUGUGAUGUCGGCAAUCAACAUCCUGUCACUCCUUGCAAUCCCAAACACCCGAAAACUAAACGUGUCACUCCAAUGCCUGAUUAUGACAACAUGGCAACACCUAUUUUGAAAAAAAAUAUGGGCAAGUUUGGUAUGCGGAAUAUGGUCAAAAGGAAAAUGAUCACUAAGCUCAAACAAGUCUACAACUACACUCACCCAGGAGUUCAGACUGGAGAACAAGUAAAUGGAUGAUGGCAGCAGCGGUCACAGAGGAAGGUCAAUUCAAAAAACGAGUAGAAUUGCAACAGGUAGCAAUAAUAGUGACAUUUAGCAGCUAGCAAUUUCUUUUAUAUUUU